UCCUCUCCCCGACUCGGAAAGUCCAAAGCUCCAAAAGCAAAUCUUUCCCGUUCCGCUUCCCCUCUUCUUUUCCGGCACCGUCUCUCUCCCGGAUCGGGCGACGAGGAGGAGGGGGCAAAAAAAAAGAUCGGAUUUGGUAGCUUCCUCCGUCGAUUCUCGCCGCCGGCACAGGAGGGGCGACGGCGUUUCUUGGCAUGCCCUAGCCCUGCCUGACGCCGUUGGGGUUGGGGGCCGGCCGAUCGUUCGCGAUGUCGUGGGGGCGCUUCCGCCGCACCCCGUUCCAUUCGGGGAUCCCGGCGAUGGCGAGGUGCUCCAGGCACAAGCCCGAGACACCUGUGGUGGUCAUCGACGAAGAGGAUGACCUAGGUGCUGGUGACGGUCCUUCCGACGAGGAGGUUUUCAUAAUCGAUGGUGAUGCGGCGAAGGGCCGGGUGGCUUCUGGGUGUAAGACCAAGAGAGGGAACAGCUCCAAUAGUAAUGUGAUUAACUUAGAUGAUGAUGAGGAUGAGGAGGGGGGUGGUGGUGUUGAUAGGGCAGGCCCUAGCAAUGCCCGUGCAGCUGGUUCUCCAGCAGCGACGACACCUGGCCGGGUUUCCCCGAGAAACAGAUAUGGGCUGGAUUAUAUUUCUGACAGCUAUGAGAGCGAUUGGUCCGAAGGGGACCCUGAUGGAGAUGGCAGCUCGGAUUGUGAGAUUCUUGAUGACACCUCUGGGACGGCUCGCAAACAGUGGGAGACAGCUGCAUCAAAAAGGUGUAUGCCUCAAGGUCGCUGGAAGUGUAAAAAUGGUAUGGCUAAUACAUCUGCAUCAAGUGCUGAGUCAAGCACACAACCAGAAGAAAGUGCAGAAUUCCAUAUGAGCGAGGGCACCUGGAAGUAUUAUAGUAACGUAUCGAAGGAAGGUGGGGUAAACAGUACAAAUGGUGCAACAUAUGGUGCUAAACCUUCAACCCCAGAUGUACAUGAAUGCCCAAAGGACAAUGCUUCCAAUGUAAACGAAGCUGAAGACUGCAAUGCCACCUCCAGAAUUGAUCCUGAACCAGCUUGUAAUGAUGAAGUAACUCAUUCCCAGAAUGGCGUUGUGCCUGAAAAAACCACAGAAAGAAGUCAGUCUCAGCACCUAGAUGAAGAAUAUACAAGCUACAGCUUUGUCUCAGCCAACAGGGUUUUUCCUGCAUGCUCCUCAUCAAAUUGGUAUGAUACAAGUCCAAUAUUUGUCAGUACUCCUGAAAACCCGGAUGGCACUUCUUCACAAAAGGAUGAAAUGUCAACGGAUGCUCACAACAAAAGCACCACAAAGAGCAAAGAGAAGUGUUCUGCACCAGAUAAUGGUUCUCUCAAUGGUCAACUAUCAAAAGAUUCACCCUUUUCUAGCAGAUGCAGCUGCUCAAGGCAAUCUGGAAAGAACUCUGCACAACUAGGGGCAAACUGGUGUUUAUGUGCUGCUGCCUCCAAUAAGAAUGCUUCUGCAAAUGUCAUAUUGGGAGAUUUCACGUCACCUCAGAAGGAUUUGGUGGAUGGUCCUGAAAAACCAGGCCUGUCUGCCAUGGUUAAGGAUGCUCCAGACAUUCUGGAUGGUUUAGUAGUUCAACGUGAAAAGCACAAAGAAUCUGAUGAGUACAAACGAGCAGAAGAGGAGGAGUGGGCAUCCAGACAGCAUCAAUUGCGAAUACAGGCUGAGGAGGCACAGAGGUUGCGGAAGAGAAAGAAAGCAGAAGCACUGCGAUUACUUGACAUGGAGAAGAGACAAAAACAAAGAUUACAGGAAGUCCGUGAAUCACAGAGAAAGAAUGAAGAAGAUAUACAACUAAAAGAAAAAUACAGAGGAGUGGUAAGGUUGGAGCUUGAAAGUAUGGAAAGAAGAUACAUUGAUAUGGCUUCAAUACUGAGUGCAUUAGGCAUCUCUGUUGUAAAUGGCAAGAUUAAAGCUGCCUACAAGCAGGCUCUUUUGAAAUUCCAUCCGGACAGAGUAUCAAGAAGUGAUAUGUACCAACAGGUCAAAGCAGAAGAGACAUUCAAGUUUAUUUCACGCCUGAAAGAGAAGCUGCUUCUCUAAUUAGCAUAUCCCUGUUCAGUUAAACACAGCGCGCAACCAGUUUUUUUUUUUUUGGUUAAAGUUGUAGCUAGAUUAAUUUAUUCAUACGCUGAAUUCUCAUCAGCAGGCACAAAGUUCCACAGUUCUGAAUGUCAUUCUUAGAGCUAAUGCUUAGCAUUCGUUAUCCUUGAGGAUUUUUAGUUGUGAGGGUGUUAGCAGCAGCAGUGAGCUUGUGUGCCUUGAUAUACUUGUUAUUUUGAGAUGGGGCAAAAUGUUUGUAUAGGAAUGACGGUAGAAGAUUACUAUACACAGAUCUUUCAUUAUCUAACUGACAGAAUGGCACGUCGUCUUUUCUUUGUAAAGAGGCGAGACUGCUGUGGUUCGCUUACGAUUUUCUAUACCUGUACUUCACAGAAUGGGGUCUCAUAAGGAGACUCAUGCAUUUCUUACGUGAACUUACCUCUUUUGAGGACUAAUUAUGA